GCGCUCUUUUGGGCUGUCCUCAUGUUUAACAAUGCUAAUGAAAGAAUCCAAGAAGAAUACUUAAAGAAGUUGAUUGAGUUCCGCAAUUCACUCGAGCAGCUAUCUGCCACUCUCUUUUCAAGGGCUAUUAUCAAACAAGCUGCCGAAUUGUUGAACAGUCUACUAAGCACGUUAUCUAGCUUUGAAAACCCAGAAGACAAUCUGACCGUCAACGCGCACCACAUCAUCUUACCUUUACUGAAAUUGCUGAAUGCUUUACCCAUUGAGAAGCGUUUUGAAUAUGAAAGCCUGCUAUUGCCAGGGUUGAACGUCUUGCACUUUGUGCUUUCGAGGACAUUGAUAAAGUUGCUUCAUAAUCCAAAAUUUAUGAGGGAUCUUAUACCGUUUUUCACAUACUUUAUCGAUCCCUCCCUCCAUCCUUUUUACGCCAAACAAAAUGCUUCUGCUUCAAGUCCAACUGAGAAAGAAGAAGUCUAUGCACCAAGAUUAUCAGAGGAAGUAAAGCACGUUGCUGUUCAAUGCUUAUCACUCACUUUACCAGCUCAAUAUAAAGAAGGCAGAUAUCUCACUUCGUUCCAACAAAGUCCAUCUGCAGUUUUAUUAAAAAAGAUGAAGGAGGAAGGGGAGGAGGUGUUUUUGCAGUACGCCAGUCAAGCUAUUGUCGCUUUACUCAAUGCCGCUCAAUACGGUCACGAUUUGCAGCUUCGAGUAGACGCUUUGCGUACAUUAUCCCAAAUGUUACUCGAUAAUAUUCAGGACAUUGACAUACUUUCUGUAGUAAUACCUGGCACAUGUUCGAAACUUAUGGCAAUCAUUUAUCAAAAGCCUGAAAAGGAAAGCCAUCAGGUUAUGUGCAGUACUUUAGAUAUCCUGGGUGAAUUAAUUACGGCGGUAUUCAACGACGAGAAGAACCAAACACUUAUCAAUUUCGAAUCUUUCGCAAACAUUUUCCCUGUUUCGCAGGUGGCCAACAAGGAAAAAACUGGACAAAAAACCAAGCAACAGGUCAGGAGUGAAGCUUGGUAUGCGAAAGCAAGAAAAGAUUUACGACCAUUAUUAGAGAAAACGUUACAGCUUCGUUAUUACCCGGACUGGCAUACGCGAUUUGCAUUCAUCAAAUUUUCUUAUGAUGUUCUUAAAGGAUGCGCACGAACUUUAGAUAAUUGUAUACAACCGUUGAUGGAAAUGCUCCUUUUACAUAUGGAUGAUGGCUAUGACCAAGUUGCCAAUACCUGUCAACUCUACAUGGAUUUACUCUCAACAGCGCCUUCUUUUGAAAACACCAUGAUACCCAUUUUGAAAGAAGAACUGUACACCUGGAUGAUGAAAUUGCCUGGUUAUCUUAUCAAGAGGGGUGAACAAGAAAAAAUAAAUGCUAUUUGUCUUGUGACAGGUUUACUCAUUCUGCUACGCGAAGAGGCUGAGAGCACACUGUCGAUGGCGCUAUUACGCGCUUCGGAUGGCUGGAUGACAGCCUUGAAAUUCGAUGAAGAUAACUUGAACAUUAUGGAGGAAAGCCAACAGUCAAAUAAACUAGUCGAAUUUCAAUUGCAUAGUGAUACUCCAACAUCGACAGCAACAGCGCCUUUAUACCCUAAAAUUCGCUUCAAAUAUGUCAUCCAAGAUUCUACAACCAACAAGCUUACUAGGCUAUUGAACACAAUUGGUAAAUACUGUGAUCUGCCUAUUUGGAUUAGCCAUUUCAUGCGCUACUUAUCAGAUGGUUUAAAAGAAUGCCAUGAUCCACAAGCCGCUUUUAUUGUUCACUCACUAUUAUCCGGCGCUUCUUUUAAUGAUCCAGACACGUUUAAUACUACGCUAGCUGUUGGAUGGAUAAGUGCUAACGAGGACAUUAGUGCCAGCGAUGUACAAACAAAAAAAGUACGAAAAGUAGCAACGCAACUCUUUAAUGAUGUCAUGGAAUUAUUGGCACAAUCCACUCUUAUCAUCCAAGGAAGUACUUCAUUGACAACGCCAAUGACUAAGCCAAUGACCAACAAGUUAAAUAUUGAAACUGAACAUAUCUUGACUACUUGCCUUACGCUAAAACUUGUCAACCUGACUACCUUUAUUCUUGGUCGAUCAUUUGUUGAAGAUCAACUUAUUUAUAUACUCUAUCCUCUAUUCUCUUACUUGGGGUCCACUCAUGUCUAUAUACAUACUUAUUCUCUGAUCACUUUAGAGUCUAUAGCCUCCUUGUGUGACACGGGUUCUAUCUCAGAGCUUGCAAUCCAUAAUAUUGAUUACAUCAUCAAUGCUAUUUCUCAGCGCAUCUCUGUAAUCAACAGCAAUUUGAGGUUACCCUUAGUCUUGAAAGCAUUGAUUCAUGUUGGCGGUUACCCUUGCAUUCAAUACCUGGAUGAUACAGUGGAAGAGAUAUUUGAUGUAUUAGAAGCUUACUUUCACAAUGAGUGGCUCACGUCUGAACUGUGUGGUGUUUUAUACGAAAUUGUUCUUGCAUUAGAAAGGCAUUUUGUAUCCACCACAAAGGAAGGGAAGACGAACGAAAGCCCAGCGUAUUUUGUAGAAACUGUACAGGAACAGUAUCGAAUGUCUCAGGAGGUAAGGUCUUUUAUUGAAAAACAGAAGACAACAGAAGAUAAUACAGAUAAGGCAGUAAAAUCCAUGGAGGAAAUUGGAAAAUAUUUUCUGGAGAAACAGCAAAAGGGAUUGCACGACAAUUUGACACUUGAACAGUCUCUCAAAGAUCAAAAUAUACCCAUUGAUAUGCCCGAAGAUAUGGAAGAGGAAGGUACAAGCAAACCUGUUCUUAAAGAAAAUGCAAAGAAUGAUUCUCGUCCCUUGUCACAUGAGCAAGAAAUGGCCAAGAAGAUUAUGAUGAAUGCCAGCCACUUUCUGACUGCUUCUUCACCGCAACUCAGGUCGCAGAUACUAGUUCUUUUAACAGCAGGAGUCACAAUACUGUCAGACAAUACGCAAAACUUGAAUCCAUUUGUUCAUCAAUUGUGGUCUAUUAUCGUGAACCGUUUUGACGACCCUCAAAAUUAUGUGGUGAUGAACGCAGCUUUAUUAGUUGAGAAGAUAUCUGAGUUGUCCACCGAUUUCUUGUCAGAGAAAUUUACCAAGGAUUUGUGGCCCAAAUUCCAAAAAGUGCUUCGAAAAGGCGUCAGCACGGCAAUGACGGAUACGAACUCAACGGGAUACUCCAUCUACUCACUCUAUCAUAAAACACAAUUUUCGGUCAUAAAAACAUUGACAAAAAUUGCUUAUAAUGUUCCCUUGAAACAUGGCUUGGUGAAGGAGAUUUUGGAGGCAACAAAAUUCUUUUUUGAUGAAGCGAAUCAUAACCGCGUUCAUGUACAAUUAAAAGAAGCUUGUCAACAUCUUCUUCAUGCGUUAUCAAUGCAACAACCUGACACAGUUUGGUUAUAUGAAACUGCGUACUUAAGAAAUAAUGAUUAUGCUACAUCCCCAUCAACUCUUUUGGACUCGCUCAAAGUUCCUGCGUGGUUUAAAUUUGUGAAUAUGUAAACAGAAGCUCAGCUUACCGUAAUGGCAUAUCAAACACUCUUUGUUGAACUUUAAAUAAAGUCUAAUACUAGCGUGAUAAAGGCAACAUUAUUUUAGCGUUUGACAUUCAUCAAUUUUCUUCGACGUUUUUAGAUGGAUUUUAGUAAUUGUAUAAAAGCCAAAACAUAAUUAAAUGGAGCUUAGAUUUUUAAUGAAGGACUUGAAAUUAAUAUGGUUCUAUUACUCUUGAACAUAUUUGUUCGUCAAUAUAAAGCAGCAGUUAUUCUUUGCUCUAUGCUUAUUAUUUCAAUUUCUGCCCCAGAAUUUAUCAAAGACCAGUUGCUCAUGUGUAAUAACUCUAUCAAACUUGAUUCAAUGGACACUCUAAACAUAAAUAUCGGGACAUUUUGAAUUCAUCUCAUUAUAGAGCAGCUGCUUUAUAGCAAUUAAAUGAAUGAAAGCAAC